AUGGCCUUGUCGGGUCUCCUGCUCACAAUCAACGGCUAUGAAUCUCAACUUGCAAUCAACAAUUUGUCCCAUUUUCUGCUCUUCCAACUGCUGAAACCUGCGCUGCUAUCUGGUACCACGCCAGAGUUCCAGUCUCUGAAAUUGAUCAGAAGCCCUGAGCAGGGUGCUGCCACUACCAUUUCGGCCGCCAUUGGUAAGGAGCGGGAAGGUAGAGGUGGUAGGUAUCUUACGGAUCGUUCUGAAGCGGAACCCGGAGAGGAUGAUGGCGACGAUUGGAGUUCAGCUAGUACGAGUCACCUCUACAGCCCCGAAGACGAGGCAAGGCUAUGGAAUGAUUCAUUGCAUGUGGUGGGCUUAUCUAGUGAAGAGUGGUGA